AUGCCGUUGCCAACCUUUGUAGUAGUCCUUAUACAAGGCGCUCUAAGUAUUUUAUUACUGAAGCUUAUAUGGAAAGCAUAUAAGAUCCGCAGAAAGUUUAAAGAGGUUAAAUCUCAAGGCAUUCCUAUGCUUCCUCACUCUUGGAUAACCGGCCAUCUCGGUGUAAUGUCCGAAUUCCGAAAGAAUUAUCCUGGAGAUAUUAAUAUCGGCAAUUUUCACCCAUGGAUUAUUAAUAACUAUCAAAAGUAUUUUCCAGAUAUAGACCAUUGUCCCCCAGUCAUAUAUCUUGACUUGUGGCCCGUUCUGAAAGCGCCUAUUGUGGUGGCUUAUAAUAGGACAGUUGCAGCGCAGUUUACCCAGAUCAACAACCUUGACAAACAUCAAAUAUCUCUCGAUUUUAUGAAUCCUUUGACCAAAGGCAAGGAUCUGGCCACUCUCCAAAGCAACGAAUGGAAAAAAUGGCGUGGGUGGUUCAAUCCAGGGUUCAGCUCUAGAAACGUGUCGACAAUGGUGCCAGAGCUUAUUGAAGAGAUCCAAGUCUUUUCCAAAAACUUGGAAGAAAGAGCUGGACCAAACGGCACUUGGGGCCCCAUGUUUCAGUUGCGAAACGCUACUACAGCCCUUACCUUUGAUAUCAUUGUUCGUGCAGUCUUGGAUGAACGCUUGCACGAGCAGACGAGCCCCACGGGUGGGCCUCUCAGAUUGGCCUUGGCAGACCAGCUCAGACUGAUGGGAAUUCGACAAGCCUUCAGCCUCGGUUACUUGCUGCCUUGGCAAAACAAAGCCGUUGACCGAAACAACCAAAUUGCUUACGAACAGCUGUAUCCCAACAUUGUUCGCUCCCUCCAAUCAGGAUUUAAACGCUCAAAGAAGAAGACAGUACUGAAUCUUGCCCUUAUGCAUCUUGCCGAGGAAGCAGGCGGUCACAUUCUUGACCCAGCUACAGAUCCCGAAAUGAUGGAAACCAUCAUGAGCAACCUCAAGACGUUUCUUGUUGCUGGUCAUGAGACGACAGCGAGCGCAUUAUGUUUCAUGUUCAAAGUCCUCCAAGACAACCCAGUCUGUAUGGAAAGGCUCCGUGCAGAGCAUGACGAGGUUCUAGGUCCAGACCCGGACCAGGCGGCUGAGAUGCUCGGUAACUCUCCCCAGUUGCUCAACUCAUUGAGGUACACCCACGCAGUGAUCAAAGAGACGCUUCGCAUGUAUCAGAUGGCGUCCACAAUGCGUGGGGGACAAGCAGGAUUCUACCUGAGUGAUCCCUCGUCUGGGAAGCAAUAUCCAACCGAAGGGUUUCUGGUUUGGGAUGGUGGACCGGGUAUGCAACACGACCCUUCACUGUGGCCGAAUGUAGAAAAGUUCAUGCCGGAUCGCUGGCUUGUACCGGCAGAUGACCCACUCCAUCCCAUAAAAGAUACGUGGCGUGCAUUUGCUAGGGGCCCUAGAGACUGCAUCGGUCAGGAGAUUGCGUUGGUUGAAAUAAAGCUGGUCUCAGCCCUCAUAAUGCGCAAGUUCGACGUCGAGGAGGCUUGGGACGAUUGGGAUAUUGCCCAAGGAAACAAAGGCCGGAAGGAUAUGGUGAGGGGACAGCGACUGUAUGUUGCUGGUGACGGUAUUGGGCAUCCGAAAGACGGCAUGCCGGUUCAUGUUCGGCUGAGAGAGGUGAUGAGAGAGAGUAAAUAAGACGGCCGGGAGGCGGUAUCUUAGAUCCCAGAUGGCUCUGGAAGUUGGAAAUCUCCAAUUUUCCACGGAAUCUGCCUCGUGAUGAAUGGAACGGGGGAAAUUAUCAGGUAGUAGUGUGUGUGAUUUGCAGGCGAGAACGGGC